AUGCACAGGAUUUGCACUCGCCGCGACGCCGAGGCGUCGCGGCUGCCGCGGCCCUGCUUUUUCGUGGACAAGGCGUGGCACGCGCAGCAGGCGGGGGCGGACGCGGUGUUGGUGGUGAACGACCGCGGGGGCGAGCUGAGCACUGCGGUGUCGCCGAGGGACGACGAGGGCGCCGCGCGCCUGCUGGGUGAUCUCACCCUCAGCGCCGGCCUCAUCAGCCAGGAGGAUGGCGCCGCCCUCAAGGACCUGCUGAGACACGGCCCAGUCAGCAUAGCCCUAAACUGGACAGACGUGCUGCCAAAACAGAGCAAGGUCCACUGGGAGUUUUGGACCAACAGCAACGACUUCUGCGGCGCGGCGUGUGACGCGCAGCGCAGCUUCAUCAAGUCGUUCAAAUCGAUCGGGAAGCUGCUGCAGAUCAAGGGUCUGGUGGACUUCCACCCGCACUACCUGAUCUGGGUGUGCCAGCCGGGGUCCAACCAGGAGGAGUGCGACAGCCAGUGCAUCGCGAACGGCGCCUACUGCUGCCCCGACCCAGACGAUGACAUCAGCAGGGGCUACGCGGGCAGGGACGUGCUGAGGGGGUAG